AAUGUUGUACAUGAACUGAGGAUAACCAACCAGGUGAUCUAUUUGAAUCCACCAAUUGAAGAAUGCAGAUAUAAGCUCUAUCAAGAAAUGUUUUCCUGGAAAAUGGUAAUACUAUCACUACCCAGAAUUCAAAGUCAAAGAUACCAGGUGGGUGUACACUAUGAGUUGUCUGAAGAAGAGAAGUUCUAUCGGAAUGCCUUAACACGGAUGCCUGAUGGUCCUGUAGCACUGGAGGAGUCUUAUUCGGCAGUUAUGGGCAUUGUGACAGAGGUUGAACAGUACGUUAAGGUAUGGCUGCAGUACCAGUGCUUAUGGGAUAUGCAAGCUGAAAACAUAUAUAACCGUCUUGGAGAAGAUUUAAAUAAGUGGCAAGCCCUCUUAGUUCAGAUAAGGAAGGCUAGAGGAACCUUUGACAAUGCAGAAACCAGGAAGGAAUUUGGACCUGUUAUCAUAGACUAUGGGAAGGUACAAUCUAAGGUGAACUUGAAAUAUGACUCUUGGCAUAAGGAAGUACUCAGUAAAUUUGGCCAAAUGCUAGGUCAGAACAUGACAGAGUUCCACUCUCAAAUUUCUAAGUCCCGUCAAGAGUUGGAGCAGCAUUCAGUGGACACUGCUAGCACAUCAGAUGCAGUGACAUUCAUCACAUAUGUACAAUCCCUGAAACGUAAAAUCAAGCAGUUUGAGAAACAAGUUGAGCUUUACCGCAAUGGUCAGCGCUUGCUAGAGAAACAGAGGUUCCAGUUCCCUUCCUCCUGGUUAUACAUUGACAACAUUGAAGGAGAGUGGGGUGCUUUCAAUGACAUAAUGCGUCGCAAGGAUUCUGCCAUUCAGCAACAAGUAGCAAACUUGCAAAUGAAGAUCGUUCAAGAGGAUCGAGCAGUGGAGAGCCGUACAACUGACCUGCUGACUGACUGGGAGAAAACUAAGCCUGUGACAGGGAACUUGCGUCCAGAGGAGGCUCUUCAAGCACUUACCAUUUACGAAGGAAAAUUUGGUAGGUUGAAAGAUGAUCGUGAGAAAUGUGCAAAGGCCAAAGAAGCUCUUGAGCUAACAGAUACAGGACUACUCAGUGGCAGUGAAGAACGUGUGCAG